GAACCGCAAGCAGAGGAGGGCCGGCCAUUUAUCAUCUACUGAUGUGUGGUAGCUGGCCACUACUGUUGCUUGGCUCUUGUAUGCUGCUGCUAUUGGACCAGGCAAAGGCAUCUCCAAGUCUCAGAAAUCUUCUUAGAAAUGGAGGUUUUGCCUUGAUCUUUGUUGAUGGUCAUCAGUGGCUUAUCAGUUUAGCUAUCCUCUGUAUUCAGGUGCAGCAGCAUUGUUUCCCCCCUGGUAGUUGUUCGAUAAUCUUCUGUUAUCUAUAUUGUGAUUCUACCUUGCACUUGACCUUGCGAGAUCUUUAAAACUACCGAUGGGCUAGAAGAUUGGUUUGUAAGUAGUAGUUCGGUGUGGAGGCCACUAUGCAAAUUGGAACUGGAAAAAAUAAUUACAGAACAAAAUGCCAGAUGAUCAAGAAUUUAGACCUCAAUACUUGCCGUACCGCUCAAUCUGGAAUAUCCUAGUGUUUUUGGUGGACCUCUGGCGCUGAGUUUGUCUGAUCCAUGGCGGCCAUACUUGAAACUUUGCUUAAAUCAAGUGUCAAUAAGUUGCAAGAUGUAAUUACAGAUGAGGCCAUACUAAUCCUAGGGGUGGAAGAAGAGCUCACAAAACUGCUGCGGCGAGUGGAACUAAUUCAGUGUUGUAUAUACGAUGCUGAGAAAAGGAGGACAAAAGAGCAAGCAGUAAACAAUUGGCUUGGUCAACUGAGAGAUGUUAUAUAUGAUGUUGAUGAAAUCUUGGAUGUGGCUAGAUGUAAAGGAAGCAAGCUACUUGCUGACCACCCUUCACCAUCAUCAGGCAAAUCAGUUGCAUGCAAAGGCCUUUCAGUUUCCUCUUGUUUUUGCAACAUAGUGCCACGCCGUGAUGUUGCUGUUCGGGUUAGAAGCCUCAACAAAAAUAUAGAGAACAUUGCAAAUGACAAGAUAUUUUCAACUUUCAACAGUAGUAUACAACCUACUCGAAAUGGUCCAACAUCCAAACUCAUAAGAAGUUCCAACCUUGUUGAGCCCAACAUUGUGGGGAAGGAGAUUAUACAUUCUACAAGGAAGUUGGUGGACUUAGUGCUUGGACACAAGGAAUACAAAUCUUACAAGCUUGGUAUCGUUGGAACUGGAGGAGUUGGUAAGACAACACUAGCUCAGAAAAUAUACAAUGACCAAAAAAUAAAAGGAAGCUUCGAGAUGCAUGCAUGGAUUUGUGUUUCGCAAGACUACAAUGAAAUAACUUCUCUUAAAGAGCUUCUCCGAAAUAUUGGUGUGCAUCAUGAGCAUGGUGAGACCAUAACAGAGCUGCAGAGGAAGCUCGCAGAAACAAUUGAAGGAAAGAGUUUCUUUCUCAUUCUUGAUGAUGUGUGGCAUUCCAAUGUAUGGACAGAUUUACUAAGGCCUGCAUUUCAUGGAACAACUGCGGGAGUAAUAUUGCUAACCACACGAGAUGAUCAAAUUACAAGGAGAAUAGGUGUAGAGCAUACCCAUCGAGUUGAUCUCAUGUCAAUAGAGGUGGGAUGGGAGCUACUUUGGAAGAGCAUGAACAUUGAGGAAGAGAAAGAAGUGCAGAAUUUAAGAAACAUAGGGAUUGAGAUUGUUCGUAAAUGUGGUCACCUCCCUCUUGCAAUAAAGGUUACCGCUAGUGCUUUGGCAAGUAGAGAUCUGACGGAGAAUGAGUGGAGAAAGUAUUUGAGCAAAUAUGUUGGUUCUGAGAGCAUCCUCUUGGAUGAAAUAGAAGAGGCUUUGUAUCUUAGCUAUGAUGAGUUACCGCAUCGUCUCAAUCAGUGUUUCCUUUAUUGUGCUUUCUAUACUGAAGAUUCUAUUAUUCGGCGUGAUGAAGUUAUCUGGUUAUGGAUUGCUGAAGGCUUCAUUGAGGAGCAGCAAGACCAACUACUAGAAGAUAUAGCAGAAGAGUACUACUACGAGCUAAUCCAUCGGAAUCUCCUCCAGCCAGAUAUUCUAAGUUUUGACCAGUCUCAAUGCAAAAUGCAUGACCUCUUAAGACAGCUUGCUUAUAAUAUAUCAAGAGGAGAAUGUUUUACUGGAGAUAUUGAAUCAUUAAGGUGUGAAAAUAUGUCAAAACUGCGACGUGUCACUGCUAUUAUUCAGAAGGAUAUGUUAGUUUUACCUAGAGUGGAUAAGCUGGAGGUUAAGGUGAGGACUUUCCUAACUGUUAUGGGUCCAUGGAGAAUUGAGGAUACAUUGUUCAAGAGAUUUCUUCUUCUUCGUGUUUUGGUACUGAAAUACUCACUUGUACAAAGUAUCCCAGGCUGUAUAGGAAAAUUGAUACAUCUACGCCUACUUAAUCUGGAUUAUACUGGCAUAUCUUGUCUUCCGGAAUCUAUUGGUUCCCUAAGGAACCUUCAAGUACUGAGCUUGAGGUGGUGUUAUGCGCUGCACAAUCUUCCUUCAGCGAUGACCAUGUUGACCAGCUUAAGAUUUCUUAAUUUUCUUGGCACAAAAAUAAACCAGGUUCCACGAGGGAUAGGGAAACUGAAGCUCCUCACUUAUUUAGGAGAUUAUCCAGUUGGUGAUGGAAGUGAUAAUGAUGUUAUACAAGAUGGAUGGAAGUUGGAAGAGUUGUCUUCUUUGUCGCAGAUGAGGUAUCUUAGUCUUGUUAAAUUGGAAAGAAUGGCUCAUUGCAAUACAGAUGUAGUGCUGACGGACAAAAAACAUCUGAAAACACUAACACUAGGGUGGACUGGACAUGGAGAGGGAUCAUAUUCAGAAGAAGAUGCCAGCAAUGCUGAGAAGGUCUUUGAGCAUCUAAUACCUCCACCUAACCUGGAAGACAUACGUAUUAUUACAUUCUUUGGUCAGCAGUAUCCCACCUGGUUUGGUACCACCUGUUUGUCUUCCUUAAUAUACUUGACACUCGUAGAUGUACGAUCAUGUGUGGAACUUCCACCGAUCGGGCAGCUACCCAACUUGAAAUAUCUGAAAAUAAGCGGAGCAUAUGCAGUUACCAAGGUUGGACCAGAAUUUGUUGGCUGCAAAAAGGGUGAUCUUGUAUGUAAUGAGUUGGUUGCUUUCCCUAAACUUGAACGGCUGAUCUUCACGGAUAUGCCCAACUGGGAGGAGUGGUCUUUUUUUGAGGAAGAAGUUGCUUCUGCUGAUGUAAGAGGAGAGGAUGGAGCUGCUGAGAUUCAGAAAGAGGAUGCCCAAUCUGCAAGGUUGCAACUGCUGCCCCGUUUGGUGGGGUUACAACUUGACAAUUGCCCACAGCUGAGGGCUCUGCCACGACAGCUUGGAGAGGACACUGUCUGCUUGAAGGAGAUCCUUUUAAUGGGAAUAAACAACUUGAAGGCCGUGGAGAACCUCCCAGUGCUCUCUGAGCUCGUUAUUAGGAGAUGUGAAGGCCUCGAGAGAGUCUGCAACCUCCCUCAAGUGACAUACCUGCGUGUACAUGGUUGUCCAAACUUAAGCCGUGUAGAGGGGUUCGGCAGUUUGCAACAGCUGUGGCUGGACGAGGAUAUGCAAGAGGUCUCUUCCCGCUGGGUGCAUGGGCUUCAAGAGCAGCACCGGCGACUUAAUGGUGAAGACCUGGAUGUCUACACGUGGUCUAGUACUUAGAUGGCUCAAGGACUGAUGGCGCGUUCGCUUCGACAAGCAAAACAUCAGACAUACAAAGUUGAGGAAGCCUGCCAAUGUUGAAGAUGCGCAAGUUCCGUGAUGGAUGUGUAACGAGAUGGUGAAGAAAGAAAUUGUCCUGUUUUCCUUUGGACAUGUGCCCAGGAAAUACUGUAUUGUUUAUUUCUGAAUUUGGGCCAGAGGCCUUUGCUGUACUGAAUCUCCUGUCUGUGUGGUAUUGUUUCACUUAUUUAUUCCUAAACUUGAGAGGCUGAAGGCAUCUGCUGCAC